ACCCUUUCCCCUCCAGCGGUGGCUGCUACCCCGGUGCAUUGUGGGCGCACGGUCCGUUGUUCAUUUGCCAUUCGACCUCCGCCGGGGCCUGGUCGGACGGAAGCGCUCCGCCCGCUGCAUUGUCGGGCGUUAUGUGGCGGCGCCCGGCGCCGUGACCAGCCUCGCGCCCCAGCGCCUCGCACCGGCGGCGGCAGGCUCGGCGCUCGGCGGGCGGCGCGGCGGCCGGAGGGCAGCGAGGGGCGCCCGCUCUCCGCCCAACUUCCCAGGCCGCACGCGCCCGCCGCGCCUCGCUCCCCGCCGCCCCUUCUCCGCGCGGGACGCGGCCCGGAGCGCGGCGGGGCGGGGGCGCAGGGCGCGCGGGCGGCCGGCGGCGGCCCCGGCCCCGGCGGCGAGCGCGGCCGGCGGGAGGGCGAGGCCGGGCCCCGCGAGAGCGAGAGCGCGGCGGGGAGCGCGGGACGCGGCCCGAGGCAGGCCGAGCCGGGCCGGGCGGCGGCGGCGCGCGCCAUGUCGUUCAGCGAGAUGAACCGCAGGACGCUGGCGUUCCGGGGCGGCGGGCUGCUCGCCGGCGGCGGCUCCGCGAACAAUAACGCCGGCGGGGAGGCCUCGGCUUGGCCCCAGCCGCCCCCGCCGCGCCCGCCCCGGCCGCCCGCGCCGCCGCAGCCCAACGGGCGGGGGGCGGACGAGGAAGCGGACCCGGAGGGCCCGGAGCCCCAGGACCCCGAGGCCGCGGCCGCCGAGGAGGCGCCGGAGCCGCCGCUGCCCCCGGACGCGGGCGGCGGCGGCGCGGGGGGCCCGCUGCUCGCCGAGAGGAACCGUCGGACCCUGGCCUUCCGCGGCGGCGGCGGCGGCGGGGGUCUCGGCAACAAUGGCAGCAGCCGCGGCCGGCCCGACCCCCCGGCGUGGCCCCCGAAGCAUCCGUACGGGCGCGGGCCGGCGGCGGCGGAGCUGGAGCUGGACGCGCUGGAGGGGAAGGACUCGGUGCCGGACGGCGCGUCCCUGAGCGACAGCACCGAGGACGACGAGGAGGGGGCGAGCCUGGGCGACGGCAGCGGGGCGGAAGGCGGCGGCGGCGGCCGGCGGUCGGGCGGCGACGGCGGGGACGAGGCGGAGGGCGGCGCGGGGCCCGGCGACGGCGAGGCGGUCCCGCACCUCCCGCUCGCGCGGCCCAAGUCCCUGCUGCAGAAGCUGCAGAACUCCUUCCAGGCGGCCUGGCUGCGGGACUUCCCCUGGCUGCGCUACUGCCCGGACACCGGCCUCAUGUCCUGCGGCUGGUGCCAGAAGACCCCCGCGGACGGCGGCGGGGACCUGCCCCCCGGGGGCCACGACGAGCUGUCGCGGGGGACCCGCAACUACAAGAAGACCCUGCUCCUGCGGCACCACGUCUCCACGGAGCACAAGCUCCACGAAGCCAACGCCCAGGAAUCAGAAAUACCAUCAGAAGAGGGAUACUGUGACUUUAAUAGUAGGCCAAAUGAAAACUCUUAUUGCUAUCAACUUCUUCGACAAUUAAAUGAGCAGAGAAAGAAAGGUAUUCUUUGUGAUGUCAGCAUUGUGGUGAGCGGAAAAAUCUUUAAAGCUCAUAAGAACAUCCUGGUUGCAGGCAGCCGUUUCUUUAAGACUUUAUAUUGCUUUUCCAACAAAGAAAGCCCUAACCAAAACAAUACUACUCACUUAGAUAUUGCUGCAGUUCAAGGUUUCUCCGUCAUCUUGGACUUCCUGUACUCUGGUAACCUGGUGCUCACAAGCCAAAAUGCCAUUGAAGUGAUGACCGUGGCCAGCUAUCUGCAGAUGAGCGAAGUUGUCCAGACUUGCCGAAAUUUCAUUAAAGACGCCUUAAAUAUAAGCAUUAAAUCUGAAGCUCCGGAGUCUGUGGUUGUGGACUAUAACAACAGGAAACCAGUCAGUAGAGAUGGUCUGUCUUCAUCGCGGGAUCAAAAAAUUGCCAGUUUUUGGGCAACACGGAAUCUUACCAAUUUGGCAAGUAGUGUAAAAACUGAAAAUGAUGGUUGCAGUGUCGAUGAGGGCCAAAUGGAGAACUACCAAAUGAAUGACAGUGGUUGGGCUCAGGAUGGUUCACCUGAAUUGGCUGAAAGUGAAGCCCCAAGUCAAACAAAAGUGUUUAUUUGGAAUAAUAUGGGCUCCCAGGGAAUUCAAGAAACUGGCAACAAAACAAGGAGGAAAAACCAAACUGCAAAGAGAUUUAUUUAUAAUAUACCACCUAAUAAUGAAACAAGUUUAGAAGAUUGCUCCGUGAUGCAGCCACCUGUUGCCUAUCCGGAAGAAGAUAUGUCAUUCAUUAAGGAAGAACCGGAUCUGGACGGUGCUCUGCUCCCGGGGCCGGACUGUGACAGCAAUGUGAACGCAAACGUGCUGGCAGGAGCCAGCUUGGGGCAGGAUGCAGGCGACGCUGCAAAAGACAGAUCUUUAUUACCAUUAUUACAUCGAAAUCACUUUUCAAUUGUAUUAGGUACUUCACAUGAUUUCAAGUAUGGCCUGAUGCCUGGCCCAUCAAGUGAUUUCAAGUAUGGAUUGCUACCAGGUACUUCAAACGAUUUCAAGUAUGGAUUGCUACCAGGUGCUGCAAACGAUUUCAAGUAUGGAUUGUUGCCUGAAUCUUGGCCAAAACAAGAAACUUGGGAAAAUGGUGAAUCAUCUCUAAACAUGAACAAGUUAAAAUGCCCUCAUUGUACCUAUGUAGCCAAAUACAGACGAACACUAAAAAGGCAUUUGCUCAUUCAUACGGGAGUCAGAUCCUUUAGCUGUGAUAUUUGUGGAAAACUGUUUACUCGCAGAGAGCAUGUAAAAAGACAUUCCCUGGUGCAUAAAAAGGAUAAAAAAUACAAAUGUAUGGUGUGUAAGAAGAUCUUCAUAUUAGCUGCCAGUGUUGGAAUCAGACAUGGAUCUCGACGCUAUGGUAUUUGUGUAGAAUGUGCAGAUAAACCACGGCCAGGAAGGCAAGAAGGUGUAGAUCAGGGACAGGAGACAGAUUUCCCUCGGGAUGAAGAGUACGAGGAGAAUGAAGGGGGAGAAGCCGAAGAAGAGCUGGCUGACGAGGGAGAAGAUCAGAACCACCCGUCACGCUGGGACGAGUUGGGAGACGCCUGUAUGUCUCAGGAUGACUAAUUGGCCUCCUCUGCUCCUCAAGGAUGCUGCAUUGGGAUGUAACAUGAAGCGACAAUUUGAAUUGUUGAACUUGAAGGCUUGCAAAUAUGGUACAUGCUGGAUGGUAGUUAAGUUGCUGUGAAACUGUAGGGUCAAAGCCUUAUAGCAAAAUUUUUUUAUAUUUGCACAGGACUGGACAGCAACCAACCUUGCGGUUGGAUUACAUGGAGUCCCCACAUCUUCAGUCAGUUAUCAAAGUAAAAAUAUUUUUUAUUUAUAGGAUAUACAGUAACUCUUUGGGUCCUAAUGAAAAUGGAUUACCUGUCUGUAAAGAGCUGACGUUUACGUACCAGUUUAACCGGAAUGAAGAAAAUCCAGUUAUGAGAAUACAGUGACAGCUGGCCCAAAUACACUGUCCACCAAACCACUCAGGCUAGUUUGUACUAGUAGAGUUUUGUUUCUAUUUUUAUUUUUAUUAAUUUUAUUUUUUUUAAUACAGAUUUUCAGUGAGGGGCCUUUUCAACCCCAUUGGUUGUACUUUUCUGUAUUUUCCAUUUUGAUUUGCUUCAUAAGUUAAACCAAGUCUCUUCUAGUCUUAGGUAUUAUUUCUCAAUUUUGUGCUGAUGGGCAUGUUUAUAAGAACUGGAGAGGUAAUUUAUUGGAAUGAACUAAUUGACUUCCUCCAUUACCCCUUCCUUUUUGACAUGAAUUUUACUACUUCACAAAUGAAGAAUGAUGUUGCAAAGUUAUCGUGACGAAGUUGAUAAAUACCACUAAAUGAUUAUGAUUUAGAAGUCACUUCCUCUUGCUGCUCUAAUCUGAUAAAAUGGUUCUAUAUGAUGUUUUCUGACAUGGUAUUCGGUUUUGGGUAUCUGUUACUUUGGCACUAUUCUUGUUUGCCUUUUUUUAUUUUUGCCAGUGUACUAUACCUCAGUCCUAUUUGAAAAGACAGAAAUCUGAUUGAAAGAAGAGUCAUAGAAACAAUAAGUAAAAUUAUUUGUUUUAUGAUUUAUCCUCCAUGUCCAGUUUGGUUAGCUUGUUAUGCAAUAUAAGUGAACUAUCAGGUUUUUACUCUUGUGCCCUUUUACCAUUAAAAUUAACACAAAAAUUGCAUUCUCUUUUGUUUCAUAUUUACUGGGAUAUUCAGUGUUUUAAAAUUAUGAUAGAAAAUUAUUUUUUUCAAUUCCUUAGUCACUACACCUUGGUAUGCAAUCUUUCUAGUAGUUACCUUGAUUCAGUGAUCUGCAAAAGUCUUACAAAUAAAAUAUUGAGGCUUUACAAUUUAUGAUUAACUGAAUUUUUCAGGAUACAAGGGGUGAUAUAUUAUAAAGUAGAAAUUGUCAGGUUUAUGUAGCCUGAUGAUAGAUGAAUUAGCUAAUUGUAUGACAGCAAGAUGUCACAUAAUUAAUGUUAAUAUGCACAACAUUAUCAGGAACAUAUUGUAUAUUAUAUCGAGUGAGGGAUAUCAAACUUUCAGCUUUCUUUUAAAUAGAGAUUGAGCAUAUUUUCCUGCUGUGUGGUGCUCCAUUUGAUCAAGGGUAAAACAUUGAUACUUUUCUAAGAGACGCUUUCUCAUUAUCUUUGAUUUCAGUAAAAUGAUGCUUAAAUGUUAGACAUCAAUGUUUCUGCCCGGAUAAAUUAAAGAUAUAAAGUACAGUUACAUGGUCAGAUGCAUCUUUCAUUAUCUAAACUUUAUUAUAGUUUCUACAUAACUGUAAAACUGACACGAAUAGUUUUGGUUUGAUUUUUAAGACUGAAGAGUACAUCUUAUUCUCAGUGUUCUAGGUAAAUGAGUAAAAUGUAGUUCUGGUGGGGUCCAAAGUAGACGUUAGUUGGGUAAAGAUGCUAUGAAUGAAAAAGUAUUUUAAGCAUAAAAUGUUCUGCAUUGUGAAUAUGUAAGUAUAGUAUAAAGAUUUCUUUCAUCCCAUUUAUCCCCCUCCUUUAAAAUAAACCAUAGUUUACAAUCGGUA